AAACUUUUCGUGAAAACUCCGGCAACUAAGUUUUCUGUGGACUAUUUACUCUCUCUCUCCCCAGGCUUUCUUGUAUGAAUGUUUCCUCGCCAGUUUUGAAAUGGAUCUUGAAACGAAAAUUUCGUCUUUAAAAAAUUAUGUAAAGUUGAGCACGCAAGACGACAGGGAAAGUUCUCAUAAUAAUGAUUAUCAGGAAACAUCUGCCAACAAUUCCGAGGCUAAUAGUUGGUGGGGAUCUUUUUCCAGUAAAGCACAAGAACCAGACCCUUGGUUACCUGGAUUGACUAAAACACAAAGAAUUCUUGGCUUCUUUCUAUUUUUAUUCUUAGGAAUGUUCUGUUUUGGAAUGGCAGCAAUGUUAAUACCUUUCAUAAUCCUUAAGUCAAGAAAAUUUGUAGCUCUUUAUACCAUGGGAAGUGUAUUCACUUUAGGAAGUUUUUCACUGUUAUGGGGGCCAUAUCAUCAUUUGAAGCAUCUACUAAGUGUUGAAAGACUACCAUUCACUGUGACAUAUUUUGGUUCAAUGUCAGCAACAUUAUAUGUAGCUAUUUUUAUGAAAAGUACAUUACUUACAUUGUUCUGUGCAGUCAUACAAGUUAUAACUUUAAUCUGGUACAUUGCAAGCUAUAUCCCUGGUGGAACAUCUGGAAUGAAAAUGAUGUCAAGAUUUGUUUCAUCAGCAGCGAUGAAAACAGUCUCAAAAACACUUCCUGUAUAAUUGGCAUACAUUGUGAACAGUA